AUGCACCGAGUUGUGUGUUUGACGGGGGCAGCAAACGAGGCGCAGGCGGCCACGGCCAGCGAGUACCUCUUAAAAACAUGGCCUACAACCGGGCAGGACGUAGUCUCUUUAGCAGAGCAGCUUAUUGCCGCAUCGCAAGGGGAAAGUGUGCAGUAUCAGAUUCCUGAACCGCACCGUGCGGAUAUUCUAGUGUCGGUUCGGCAAGAUUCAGUUUGCCCGAUCACUAUAACCGGCCGCCCGUCCCUUGUGGCGGAAAUUAUAGAAGAGCUCGCAUGGCUGACCUCAGCCUUGAGCACAUCUCCUCCUCAUCAGGACGUCACGACCAACGACAUCACCGUCAUUGUCCCUCGGGCAGCGGAUCUUUCCAUCACCAGCAGCGAAGAUUACACUUCGGUUGUAAUGAGAGCCUCAUGCCGUGUAAGAUUCGCGUCCGAAAGGCUAGCGAUUGACACUGCCACUAACGGAUUUUGCUGGAGCUCGCUGCUGGACAGUGCCACUAUGGUCAGUGGGUAUCCAAUCCUAAACAGAGAUGAAUACGUCAGAAAGUCUGGCCUGGAGGUGACACUUGUGAUAAUGUCACACCUCAUCGGGUCCAACGAGUUAGUCAAAUUCGAUGAUAUGAUUAUCCUGAAAGGCUCCAGCAAGCUACUGGUCACCACCUCGAUCACAGAAAGCACGGUUACCUGGCAUCUACUUUCUCGAAGAUGA